AUAAUGGGAUCAUUAAAUUGUGGGAAAUUAAUACACAUUUCAUGUUUUCUUCAAAGUUGGCUACAAGCCUGGUCUCGCGAUAAUAAAAAAAAGUAUUAUUUCUUUUGUAAUAAUUGCAUUGCUGAAACCAAAGAUUGUGAACUUGUAAAGAAUAAGCAGUCAAAAAUACUCGAUAAACUCUUCGAAUAAAUAUCGAUAAUGUUUACUUCUGUACUUCCAUUUUCCACACGAAUAAGUAGACGAGACCGACACUGGUCCGCUGUCACAUCCUGCGAUUAUAACUUCUGAGUGGCAUAUAGAUCUAGAUCUAUAUGAAACAUGAUGACAGAAGUUUUAUAAACUGCAUAUUGUACAGUAUAAACAACUGAAGGAGCAAAAAGAAAGCUAUUAGCAGUCAUGUUACAAGUUGUGUGGAAUGUCUUCAAGUCGGUGUACAGUCUUCUUUGUUCUGUAUUCCGACCUUUUCGCCGAUUGGUAUGUCGGCGUCGGAGGUCAUCUGAAUCUGAUGGAUCGGAACUGACGUCCAUUGGGACUGGUGACUUGAGGAUUGACACACCGUCCUCUUAUGGACAAGUGAAUGCAGAAGAGGAGGAGCUUGAGAUGGAGGCGUGGGACUCAUGGAAUGAACCUCCUGUAGGUGGCGGCCCUGAGCCACCACAGGCAGGAUUUUACCCUGGUCCUGGCCCUGCUCAAAGUCAGGGUGCCAAUGGAGCGGUGGCACGGCCAGGUGUGCCCAGCUCCAGCAUUCAGAACUACUACUACAACCAGAAAAUGUCACAACCAGAGCCCGAACCAGAGCCCAAUUUCUUUCAAGACAUGACGCCUGAUGUGAAAAAGCAGCCUAAAAUUUUGAUACGCAAGAAGGAAUCCCCUCCUCCGAGCACAACAGGGUCACUGAUGAACAGAAUGACUGUCAUGUCUGAUGUGCCUGCCCUUACCUCAGAGCUGGGCGAGUGGGAGGACGGGACCAACGCGUGGGACACUGGGGAGGCCCUGGAGGAUCUCACCUGGCAGGCAGAGGAGGCCAUCAAAGAGAAGAAGAAGAAGGAGAGGAUGGAGAGACAGCUGGAGCAGCAGAGGAGGAAGCAGAAGAAAGAGGAGAUGAGAGGGAUGAAGAACAGCGGGGUAUUCAAACUUUCUUGACGAGUAUGGA